ACGAAGCAGACGGUUUAGUUCGAACGCAGUCGCGGUUCGGUUCGUAGCUCGCGUCCAGCGGGAAACUGCUAGCUAUUCUUGCUAAGGAAAUCUUGCCUUGGGAAAAUUGAGUUGCUGCCUCGAAGGAAACGUGCGUGGACAAAAGGAUUCGGAGUACCGUCAUAGGGGCAUCCACCGCGUUCCGUGUCGUUGAGACAAAGUGAAGUGGUGAAGAAUUUCGCUCGUGGGAGGAUUGUUUGCAAUACUUUGGCAGGGAAUUUUCUCUGACUAACAUACCUACAGGCAGAAGAAGAUCAACGGCGCUCAGGAGGUGAAGAUUUUUUUUCGGCGGCGCACCGAGAAGAAAGUGUUGGUCCAAAAGAAGCUACUCAAAAACGAUCUCUUUACACGUGUUUUUUUACUCCACAAACACACUCGUUGUUUAUAAAUAUUUUGAACGCUUCCCAUCCACGGAUCUCUCAGCUGGAUCGUCUGGAUUUGUUGAAGAGUGCCCGGUGAAGAAAAAUCGAAAAACCGUUCUCGAGGAAAAGGAGAAAAAAAUCGAGUGGAAAUGCAAGUGGUGUGAAAGAUUUCGUUUCAAGAAAAUCGAUUUAGUUUCGGGUGUGUUUGUGUCGAUCGGCAUCGUCUGAAAAGUGAAACGACCUCUCCUCGAGUGGAGAAAGGAGUGUUUUUUGGUGCCUGUCCCAACGGAGUGCCGUCCGAAAGCAGCUAAUGAAAGUGUGUUCUACACUAACAAUCCGUCCGGGAAAUCUCAACACCCAAUUACCGAUCGCGCCCACCCAAUGUGGGGGCUUCAAGUGGUUUCAGUAUCCCACCGAUUGAGCCGAUGAUUCGUCGAAUAGAACGAUACUUACCAUACCAGCCCUGCAACAUAAGCUGAUUCCACUCUAGAUCUAUAGCAGAAAUACAAACUCAAAAUACUCCAAAAAAAAUUGUGAUACCAUCGAAGCCAUUACACUAUUUAGUGCGUAAGAAGCAGAUCGCCCACAAUCAAUCACAAUGUUGAAUCGCUUUCGAGUCCGGAAGGAGAAACCGUACAAAUCGGAGAGUAUCUCCACGACGGCCAGCACCGUGAUACAGGAUGCGGCCAAAGACAAUCGCAAGCUGAUACUGGAUAACAGCCGGUGGGAGCGACGGUUACAGAAAGAAUUAAUGUCCCUCAUCAAAGAGCCCCCACCAGGAGUGACGGUGGACGAGGAGAGCGUUAGUCAAAAUUUAACUCAGUGGAUUAUAAACAUCGACGGCGUCGAAGGUACCCUGUACGAGGGUGAACAUUUCCAGCUGUUAUUCAAAUUUAACAAUAAGUACCCAUUCGACUCGCCUGAGGUCACGUUCAUAGGUUCCAAUAUUCCCGUGCAUCCGCACGUCUACUCAAACGGUCACAUCUGCCUCUCGAUCCUGACAGAUGACUGGUCACCCGCGUUAUCGGUGCAAUCCGUGUGUCUCAGUAUAUCGUCGAUGUUGAGCAGCUGUCGGGAGAAGCGACGUCCACCGGACAACGGCAUCUACGUGAAAACCUGCAAUAAGAACCCGAAGAAAACCAAGUGGUGGUAUCAUGAUGAUUCCGUGUAGGCCCCGUUGACACACGUUGGUUCGUUUCCUAGCUUAAAUUAAUACAAACAGAAACAAAUAAUGUAAAUUGUUCCCUGUUCUGGUUAUGACGUGAUGCAACAAUAACCAACGCAGCACAUCCGAACGAAACAAAACCAUGUUCAGUAAAUAUAGAUGCGAUAAUCCGAAAAAAAAAAAUCCAAACCCCAUAAGGUUGAACAAAAGAAAUUACCGCUAGAAAAGAGUAAAAGCAACACAAAUAUUCGUCCCACAAACACUAGCAAGCAAACUAAGUCAUAGUAGAAAAGUAUAUAAAAAAAGAUUUGCAAAGUUUUUGCUCAUUGCUCAUCGAAGCUCCCACACAAGUUAGAAAACAAUGAAUAAAUUGCACGUUUUUUGCUAGCGUUGCAACCUAGGAACUGUUAUAAAGCAAAUUUUGAAGCCCUUGUUCGAGUUGAUCAAAUCUAUAAAUGCCCCCGUUAAAAAGUACAAUAGCCAAAAAGUUGAGUUAAUUUCAAUUCAGAACUAUCUUUGGAUGUUUUCCUUUGGCAAAUGACUUUAAGCAAUUUGUAACUUAUUUCAUCCAAUUAGUUAUAGUAUUUUUUAAUACAUCAAGUUCAAUGGCUUUACUUUGUGUUGAAACUUUGCUCCGAUUGAGAUUAAGAAGCAGAAUUUUAAAUAGGAAAUAGUUUAACUUGAUUUCAGUGUGCAAAUUUUGACUCAACUUUACCGCAAAUCAACUGAACAAAACCACGAACACAUUCCUUCUCUAUCAAUGAAUUUAAAUUUGACCAAAAAGGUUUUAUUGAGAUAUGUUAAAUUGUAACUUGUAUGCAUGAAACUAUUUUGGCACACAGUAACCGCAAAAGCCAAUUUGACCUGAAUGUUUUAAGGUAGCCCUUUUCUUGAUUACUAAAUUUUAACUCCCUAUUCCACAACUCAAGUAACAUCGAAGGUGAUAACACUCCAUAUGUUGCUGAAGAAAAUUUCCCACACAAUGUGCAAUUUUGUUAAUGCACAGUAGCAGCAAUCAAAGACACCUUUUCUGGAGAUGACUAGCCAAGAAUGCUGGAAACCGCAUGCAUUGCUUCAAUACAAUAUCACGUGCAACGAAAAAGUGAUGCAAUAACAAGUUCACGAUGAUGUGAGAAAACAUGCUACAUACAUGUAGUGUUGCCAGUUUCUUAGUUGAACAUCUCACAGAACCUUUCCUCAUAAUAGCAUCUAACAGGAAAACAAACGAAAUGAUUUGUUGUCAAUUGAUUCCUAUCUAUAAUCUACGAAACAAAAAAAAUGCCUACGUAUUGGUAGACCACUAGACAAUUGAUAAAAUUAAAAAGCAAAAUCCAACAAGUAAAAUUGCAUAACAGAGAAGGUACCCAGAAGGUACCCAUAGGUGAAUGUGCGUGCGUUUGGUAGCUAGAGUUAACCCAGAUACAAAAAAAAACGGUGUUCAAGCCUCGGGUUCUAUCUUCAACAGGGCAGUCAGGCAACAGUCAGAGAAAAUCCAGAAUACAAACAAAAACUAAAAACUAAAAAUCUGUGAGAGUGAUCUAGUAGUAAAAGUGGUGAUUCAUUGCGAAAUAACUGAGUUUGGGGUGUUCGCCGCACUUGUUGUUUUACAAAGUAGCAAUGCAGAUGAGACGCAGAAGAGAAAUGUGGAAUUUCCGCAAAGAUAUAAGAUAGUGUUCACUGUGUAUGGUGGAAACCGAGAUGUGUAUGAUAUGUAAUGGAUAAUUACUUAUAAUUGGUUAGAUUUUAUUUUACUAUAAACGAAGAACAAUAGAAACGUGAAUGCAUAUAGUUAUUGAAAGA